AUUUGGAGUCCUCGUUCCACGCCUUCUCAUCAUCCUGAACACUGAGUCCUGGGACUCCGGAGGAGAAUCUAAACGUAAAGCAUCACCCACGGUCGUGAACUGUAGGCUCUCCUUGCAUCCGGGAUCUUAUUCUGGCCUUGGCGGAGUUGGGGAUGAUGUCGCCUAGCACCCGCUGCCGCUUUGGCUUGCUCGGGACCGUUUGGCUGGACCCAGAGUCCGCGUGGAACCGCGAUAGGGAUCUGUCAGGGCCCGCGGCCGGGUCCAGCUUGGUGGUUGCGGUAGUGAGAAGCCUCCGCUGGUUGCCAGGCUUGGUCUAGAGGUGGAGCACAGUGAAAGAAUUCAAGAUGCCACCUAAUAUAAACUGGAAAGAAAUAAUGAAAGUUGACCCAGAUGACCUGCCCCGUCAAGAAGAACUGGCAGAUAAUUUAUUGAUUUCCUUAUCCAAGGUGGAAGUAAAUGAGCUAAAAAGUGAAAAGCAAGAAAAUGUGAUACACCUUUUCAGAAUUACUCAGUCACUAAUGAAGAUGAAAGCUCAAGAAGUGGAGCUGGCUUUGGAAGAAGUAGAAAAAGCUGGAGAAGAACAAGCAAAAUUUGAAAAUCAAUUAAAAACUAAAGUAAUGAAACUGGAAAAUGAACUGGAGAUGGCUCAGCAGUCUGCAGGUGGACGAGAUACUCGGUUUUUACGUAAUGAAAUUCGCCAACUUGAAAAACAAUUAGAACAAAAAGAUAGAGAAUUGGAGGACGUGGAAAAGGAGUUGGAGAAAGAGAAGAAAGUUAAUGAGCAAUUGGCUCUUCGAAAUGAGGAGGCAGAAAAUGAAAACAGCAAAUUAAGAAGAGAGAACAAACGUCUAAAGAAAAAGAAUGAACAACUUUGUCAGGAUAUUAUUGACUACCAGAAACAAAUAGAUUCACAAAAAGAAACACUUUUAUCAAGAAGAGGGGAAGACAGUGACUACCGAUCACAGUUGUCUAAAAAAAACUAUGAGCUUGUCCAAUAUCUUGAUGAAAUUCAGACUUUAACAGAAGCUAAUGAGAAAAUUGAAGUUCAGAAUCAAGAAAUGAGGAAAAAUUUAGAAGAGUCUGUACAGGAAAUGGAGAAGAUGACUGAUGAAUAUAAUAGAAUGAAAGCUAUUGUACAUCAGACAGAUAAUGUAAUAGAUCAGUUAAAAAAAGAAAACGAUCAUUAUCGACUUCAAGUGCAGGAGCUUACAGAUCUUCUGAAAGCAAAAAAUGAAGAAGAUGAUCCAAUUAUGGUAGCUGUCAAUGCAAAAGUAGAAGAAUGGAAGCUAAUUUUGUCUUCUAAAGAUGAUGAAAUUAUUGAGUAUCAGCAAAUGUUACAUAACCUAAGGGAGAAACUUAAGAAUGCUCAGCUUGAUGCUGAUAAAAGUAAUGUUAUGGCUCUACAGCAGGGUAUACAGGAACGAGACAGUCAAAUUAAGAUGCUCACCGAACAAGUAGAACAAUAUACAAAAGAAAUGGAAAAGAAUACUUUUAUUAUUGAAAAUGAGCUCCAAAGAAGCAAAGGUGCUUCAACCCUUUCUCAACAGACUCAUAUGAAAAUUCAGUCAACGUUAGACAUUUUAAAAGAGAAAACUAAAGAGGCUGAGAGAACAGCUGAACUGGCUGAGGCUGAUGCCAGGGAAAAGGAUAAAGAAUUAGUUGAGGCUCUGAAGAGGUUAAAAGAUUAUGAAUCGGGAGUGUAUGGUUUAGAAGAUGCUGUCGUUGAAAUAAAGAAUUGUAAAAACCAAAUUAAAAUAAGAGAUCGAGAGAUUGAAAUAUUAACAAAGGAAAUCAAUAAACUUGAAUUGAAGAUCAAUGAUUUCCUUGAUGAAAAUGAGGCACUUAGAGAGCAUGUGGGCCUUGAACCAAAGACAAUGAUUGAUUUAACUGAAUUUAGAAAUAGCAAACGCUUAAAACAGCAGCAGUACAGAGCUGAAAACCAGAUUCUUUUGAAAGAGAUUGAAAGUCUAGAGGAAGAACGACUUGAUCUGAAAAAAAAAAUUCGUCAAAUGGCUCAAGAAAGAGGAAAAAGAAGUGCAACUUCAGGAUUAACCACUGAGGACCUGAACCUAACUGAAAACGUUUCUCAAGGAGCUAGAAUAAGUGAAAGAAAAUUGGAUUUAUUGAGCCUCAAAAAUAUGAGUGAAGCACAAUCAAAGAAUGAAUUUCUUUCAAGAGAACUAAUUGAAAAAGAAAGAGAUUUAGAAAGAAGUAGGACAGUGAUAGCCAAAUUUCAGAAUAAAUUAAAAGAAUUAGUUGAAGAAAAUAAGCAACUUGAAGAAGGUAUGAAAGAAAUAUUGCAAGCAAUUAAGGAAAUGCAGAAAGAUCCUGAUGUUAAAGGAGGAGAAACAUCUCUAAUUAUCCCUAGCCUUGAAAGACUAGUUAAUGCUAUAGAAUCAAAGAAUGCGGAAGGAAUCUUUGAUGCCAGUCUGCAUUUGAAAGCCCAAGUUGAUCAACUUACCGGAAGAAAUGAAGAAUUAAGACAGGAGCUCAGGGAAUCUCGGAAAGAGGCUAUAAAUUAUUCACAGCAGUUGGCAAAAGCUAAUUUAAAGAUAGACCAUCUUGAAAAAGAAACUAGUCUUUUACGACAAUCAGAAGGAUCAAAUGUUGUUUUUAAAGGAAUUGACUUACCUGAUGGGAUAGCACCAUCUAGUGCCAGUAUCAUUAAUUCUCAGAAUGAAUAUUUAAUACAUUUGUUACAGGAACUAGAAAAUAAAGAAAAAAAGUUAAAGAAUUUAGAAGAUUCUCUUGAAGAUUAUAACAGAAAAUUGGCUGUAAUUCGUCAUCAACAAAGUUUGUUGUAUAAAGAAUACCUAAGUGAAAAGGAGACCUGGAAAACAGAAUCUAAAACAAUAAAAGAGGAAAAGAGAAAACUUGAGGAUCAAGUCCAACAAGAUGCUAUAAAAGUAAAAGAAUAUAAUAAUUUGCUCGAUGCUCUUCAGAUGGAUUCGGAUGAAAUGAAAAAAAUACUUGCAGAAAAUAGUAGGAAAAUUACUGUUUUGCAAGUGAAUGAAAAAUCACUUAUAAGGCAAUAUACAACCUUAGUAGAAUUGGAGCGACAACUUAGAAAAGAAAAUGAGAAACAAAAGAAUGAAUUGUUGUCAAUGGAGGCUGAAGUUUGUGAAAAAAUUGGGUGUUUGCAAAGAUUUAAGGAAAUGGCCAUUUUCAAGAUUGCAGCUCUCCAAAAAGUUGUAGAUAAUAGUGUUUCUUUGUCUGAACUAGAACUGGCUAAUAAACAAUACAAUGAACUGACUGCUAAGUACAGGGACAUCUUGCAAAAAGAUAAUAUGCUUGUUCAAAGAACAAGUAACUUGGAACACCUGGAGUGUGAAAAUGUCUCCUUAAAAGAACAAGUGGAGUCUAUAAAUAAAGAACUGGAGAUUACCAAGGAAAAACUUCACACUAUUGAACAAGCCUGGGAACAAGAAACUAAAUUAGGUAAUGAAUCUAGCAUGGAUAAGGCAAAGAAAUCAAUAACCAACAGUGACAUUGUUUCCAUUUCAAAAAAAAUAACUAUGCUGGAAAUGAAGGAAUUAAAUGAAAGGCAGCGGGCUGAACAUUGUCAAAAAAUGUAUGAACACUUACGGACUUCGUUAAAGCAAAUGGAGGAACGUAAUUUUGAAUUGGAAACCAAAUUUGCUGAGCUUACCAAAAUCAAUUUGGAUGCACAGAAGGUGGAACAGAUGUUAAGAGAUGAAUUAGCUGAUAGCGUGAGCAAGGCAGUAAGUGAUGCUGAUAGGCAACGGAUUCUAGAAUUAGAGAAGAAUGAAAUGGAACUAAAAGUUGAAGUGUCAAAACUGAGAGAGAUUUCUGAUAUUGCCAGAAGGCAAGUUGAAAUUUUGAAUGCACAACAACAAUCUAGGGAAAAGGAAGUAGAGUCCCUCAGAAUGCAACUGCUAGACUUUCAGGCACAGUCUGAUGAAAAGGCACUUAUUGCCAAGUUACACCAACAUAAUGUCUCUCUUCAACUGAGUGAGGCUACUGCUUUUGGUAAGUUGGAGUCAAUUACAUCUAAACUGCAGAAGAUGGAGGCCUACAAUUUGCGCUUAGAGCAGAAGCUUGAUGAAAAAGAACAGGCUCUCUAUUAUGCUCGUUUGGAGGGGAGAAACAGAGCAAAACAUCUGCGCCAAACAAUUCAGUCUCUACGACGACAGUUUAGUGGAGCUUUACCCUUGGCACAACAGGAAAAGUUCUCCAAAACAAUGAUUCAACUACAAAAUGACAAACUUAAGAUAAUGGAAGAAAUGAAAAAUUCUCAACAAGAACAUAGAAAUAUGGAGAACAAAACAAUGGAAAUGGAAUUAAAAUUAAAGGGCCUGGAAGAGUUAAUAAGCACUUUAAAGGAUAUCAAAGGAGCCCAAAAGGUAAUCAACUGGCAUAUGAAAAUAGAAGAACUUCGUCUUCAAGAACUUAAACUAAAUCGGGAAUUAGUCAAGGAUAAAGAAGAAAUAAAAUAUUUGAAUAACAUAAUUUCUGAAUAUGAACGUACAAUCAGCAAUCUUGAAGAAGAAAUUGUGCAACAGAACAAGUUUCAUGAAGAAAGGCAAAUGGCCUGGGAUCAAAGAGAAGUUGACCUGGAACGUCAACUAGACAUUUUUGACCGUCAGCAAAAUGAAAUACUAAAUGCAGCACAAAAGUUUGAAGAAGCUACAGGAUCAAUCCCUGACCCUAGUUUGCCCCUUCCAAAUCAACUUGAGAUCGCUCUAAGAAAAAUCAAGGAGAACAUUCAAAUAAUCCUAGAAACACGGGCAACUUGCAAAUCUCUAGAAGAGAAACUAAAAGAGAAAGAAUCUGCUUUAAGGUUAGCAGAACAAAAUAUACUGUCAAAAGACAAAGUAAUCAAUGAACUGAGGCUUCGAUUGCCUGCCACUGCAGAAAGAGAAAAGCUCAUAGCUGAGCUAGGCAGAAAAGAGAUGGAACCAAAAUCUCACCACACGUUGAAAAUUGCUCAUCAAACCAUUGCAAACAUGCAAGCAAGGUUAAAUCAAAAAGAAGAAGUAUUAAAGAAGUAUCAACAUCUUCUAGAAAAAGCCAGAGAGGAGCAAAGAGAAAUUGUGAAGAAACAUGAGGAAGACCUUCAUAUUCUUCAUCACAAAUUAGAACUACAGGCUGAUAGUUCACUAAAUAAAUUCAAACAAACGGCUUGGGAUUUAAUGAAACAGUCUCCCACUCCAGUUCCUACCAACAAGCAUUUUAUUCGUCUGGCUGAGAUGGAACAGACAGUAGCAGAACAAGAUGACUCUCUCUCCUCACUCCUGGUCAAACUAAAGAAAGUAUCACAAGAUUUGGAAAGACAAAGAGAAAUCACUGAAUUAAAAGUAAAAGAAUUUGAAAUUAUCAAAUUACGGCUCCAAGAAAACCAUGAAGAUGAAGUGAAAAAAGUAAAAGCAGAAGUAGAGGAUUUAAAGUAUCUUCUGGACCAAUCACAAAAGGAGUCACAGUGUUUAAAAUCUGAACUUCAGGCUCAAAAAGAAGCAAAUUCAAGAGCUCCAACAACUACAAUGAGAAAUCUAGUAGAACGGCUAAAGAGCCAAUUAGCCUUGAAAGAGAAACAACAGAAAGCACUUAGUCGGGCACUUUUAGAACUCCGGGCAGAAAUGACAGCAGCUGCUGAAGAACGUAUUAUUUCUGCAACUUCUCAAAAAGAGGCCCAUCUCAAUGUUCAACAAAUCGUUGAUCGACAUACUAGAGAGCUAAAGACACAAGUUGAAGAUUUAAAUGAAAAUCUUUUAAAAUUGAAAGAAGCACUUAAAACAAGUAAAAACAGAGAAAACUCACUAACUGAUCAUUUGAAUGACUUAAAUAAUGAACUGCAAAGGAAACAAAAAGCCUAUAAUAAAAUACUUAGAGAGAAAGAGGAAAUUGAUCAAGAGAAUGAUGAACUGAAAAGGCAAAUUAAAAGACUAACCAGUGGAUUACAGGACAAACCCCUGAUAGAUAAUAAACAAAGUCUAAUUGAAGAACUCCAAAGGAAAGUUAAAAAACUAGAGAGCCAAUUAGAAGGAAAGGUGGAUGAAGCAGACCUAAAACCUAUGAAAGAAAAGAAUGCUAAAGAAGAAUUAAUUAGGUGGGAAGAAGGUAAAAAAUGGCAAGCCAAAAUAGAAGGAAUUCGAAACAAGUUAAAAGAGAAAGAGGGGGAAGUCUUUACUUUAACAAAGCAGUUGAAUACUUUGAAGGAUCUUUUUGCCAAAGCCGAUAAAGAGAAACUUACUUUGCAGAGGAAACUAAAAACAACUGGCAUGACGGUUGAUCAGGUUUUGGGAAUACGAGCUUUGGAGUCAGAAAAAGAAUUGGAAGAAUUAAAAAAGAGAAAUCUUGACUUAGAAAAUGAUAUAUUGUAUAUGAGGGCCCACCAAGCUCUUCCUCGAGAUUCUGUUGUAGAAGAUUUACAUUUACAAAAUAGAUACCUCCAAGAAAAACUUCAUGCUUUAGAAAAACAGUUUUCAAAGGAUACAUAUUCUAAGCCUUCAAUUUCAGGAAUAGGGUCAGAUGAUCAUUGUCAGAGAGAACAGGAGCUUCAGAAGGAAAACUUGAAGUUGUCAUCUGAAAAUAUUGAACUGAAAUUUCAGCUUGAACAAGCAAAUAAAGAUUUGCCAAGAUUAAAGAAUCAAGUCAGAGAUUUGAAGGAAAUGUGUGAAUUUCUUAAGAAAGAAAAAGCAGAAGUUGAGCGGAAACUUGGCCAUGUUAGAGGGUCUGGUAGAAGUGGAAAGACAAUCCCAGAACUGGAAAAAACCAUUGGUUUAAUGAAAAAAGUAGUUGAAAAAGUCCAGAGAGAAAAUGAACAGUUGAAAAAAGCAUCAGGAAUAUUGACUAGUGAAAAAAUGGCUAGUAUUGAGCAGGAAAAUGAAAAAUUGAAGGCUGAAUUAGAAAAACUUAAAGCUCAUCUUGGGCAUCAGUUGAGCAUACACUAUGAAUCCAAGACGAAAGGCACAGAAAAAAUUAUUGCUGAAAAUGAAAGGCUUCGUAAAGAACUUAAAAAAGAAACUGAUGCUGCAGAGAAAUUACGGAUAGCAAAGAAUAAUUUAGAGAUAUUAAAUGAGAAGAUCACAGUUCAACUAGAAGAGACUGGUAAGAGAUUGCAGUUUGCAGAAAGCAGAGGUCCACAGCUUGAAGGUGCUGACAGUAAAAGCUGGAAAUCCAUUGUGGUUACAAGAAUGUAUGAAACCAAGUUAAAAGAAUUGGAAACUGAUAUUGCCAAAAAAAAUCAAAGCAUUACUGACCUUAAACAGCUUGUAAAAGAAGCAACAGAGAGAGAACAAAAAGUUAACAAAUACAAUGAAGACCUUGAACAACAGAUUAAGAUUCUUAAACAUGUUCCUGAAGGUGCUGAGACAGAGCAAGGCCUUAAACGGGAGCUUCAAGUUCUUAGAUUAGCUAAUAGUCAGCUGGAUAAAGAGAAAGCAGAAUUAAUCCAUCAGAUAGAAGCUAACAAGGACCAAAGUGGAGCUGAAAGCACCAUACCUGAUGCUGAUCAACUAAAGGAAAAAGUAAAAGAUCUAGAGACACAGCUCAAAAUGUCAGAUCUAGAAAAGCAGCAUUUGAAGGAGGAAAUAAAAAAGCUGAAAAAAGAACUGGAAAAUUUUGAUCCUUCAUUUUUUGAAGAAAUUGAAGAUCUUAAGUAUAAUUACAAGGAAGAAGUGAAGAAGAAUAUUCUCUUGGAAGAGAAGGUAAAAAAACUUUCAGAACAAUUAGGAGUUGAAUUAACUAGCCCUGUUGCUGCUUCUGAAGAGUUUGAAGAUGAAGAAGAAAGUCCUGUUAACUUCCCCAUUUACUAAAGGUCACCUAUAAACUUUGUUUCAUUUAACUAUUUAUUAACUUUAUAAGUUAAAAUAUACUUGGAAAUAAGCAGUUCUCUGAACUGUAGUAUUUCCUUCUCACUACCUUGUACCUUUAUACUUAGAUUGGAAUUCUUAAUAAAAAAAAUUAUAUGAAAUUUU